UGCGAGCAGAUAUCUGUCUUGAGAGUUUGAAUCUGCAUGUUUCCAAGUGUGUGUAGGUGUAUUUGUGAGUGUUGCAUGGAAGUUAGAGGGUGGUGUAAAUCUGGAUACAGAUGUUGAGUUUUGUUUGACGGCUCGGAAAGAGGCUUAACGCACGCAAGCAUCCACAGGUGUGUUUGCAUGUGUGUUUUCCUGUGGAGCUUUUGGUUUGGUUUUUGAUGAGUGUGAUCCAUUUUGAUCUGGAUAAGGGUGUAUGCAUGUGUGUGUGUGUGUGUUUUAUUUGUGUUGUCUCAGAGCCAGCAGGGUAUUUCUCCACUAAAGCCAUCUGUUUAUGGUCUUUUAGUCAGUGUCAAGACUGAACCUCCCCCCUUUCAGCUCUGUUUCUCUUCUCAUUCUUCUCUUUAUGUCAUUCUUAUUUAUGAGAUGAUCGGAGCGGCAAGGAGUCAGUGAACAGGCUGAAGCGAUGGAGCGAUGCUCCAUCUCUCCCCACACUGGAUUCAUUCCCCUUUGGAGCUUCCUGCUGGUCACUGUAAUUUUUUGCACUGCCACCGGUGACAGAGAUCGCAGGAAGUGGGAGGAGUUGGGCGAAAUGCAGAUGCCAGUCACGGCGCAGGCCAGCACCACUCAGCUCUGGGCGGUGGACUGGGGUCCCACGCAGCCCCUGGAGGAUGAAACCCAUCACUUCCUGUCCAGUCUGGAGACGGAAAGUUUGAGGGAGACUACGCCCGAGGACUGGUCACAUCGUCGGAGCAUGCCUGCCAAUCAAACUCAACACCCAACUACAGGAGACAGGGACAAAAUAGAGACAGAAGAGCAGGACACCAAGGAAGUGGACCCACAGUUUUACGUGACGGUGACAAUUUCAUCUCUGCUGAUUCUCUCUGCGGUCAUCAUCUCUGUUAAACUCUGUUACGACCGCAGUCUCUCCCAGCGCCCUCCGCCUCUCUCCCUUGCCAUCCCUCGGCACAUGGCUCAGGAGGACAGCAGGCAGACACUGCACAGCACUCCAUCCUUCCCCGGCAGAGAGAGGAUACCAGUGGUCAAUCUUUGAAGAGCUGACUCUUCUGAGUAUGAUAAUCAAAUCCCGCCGGCAUGACAUAGACUUUGGUGUGCACACAUGGGCAAGCCAUCCGAAUGUACAUAACCUGUAGAUAGACACGUGUGGAUAUAUGGAUGAAUAACAUCUGUUUGGACACUCUGAUGGGACUGUGAGUUUGUGGUCCAGUGGCUCUUCAUUUCUGGCUGUAACUCUUUCUUCCAAUGCUGUUUAUUCUCGACAGUAUUAUUCUUGUUAGUCAACGCAGCCUUUCAGAAGGGCUCUGGGAAUGCCAAGUCCUCUACCAUAAAAACAACCAUUCGCUUCUGAUCCUGGAAUAAGCUGUGAUGUAUGUAGUUAUUCAUUUAGUAACCGGCGUCACAUACUUGUAGUAGCCUAUCUCAUGCAUACAAAGUUACAGCUGCCCACCGCUGCCUUUAUCUCACUUUGAGUAGCAUUUAUUUGAGCUUAAUGAAUGACUGCAGCUAUUCUGAAGAGUUAAAUAUAAUUCACAUCACUUGUUUAUAGUGUUUCUUAUGGCUCCGUGUCCCAUGGCAACAGUGGACUGCAAUGACGUCAGCUGAUAUAAACAGGUAUCUGGAAACACCUCUGCAGUGUUACCUUAUAAUUUACACUAAUUAUCUGACGAACGUUUUUCGUCAAACAUCUUUUGAGGUGUUUGUGAAACCUACGUAAUUCUAUUCAAAGUGUGGUGUUAUGCAUUUUAGCGUUAUACUUCUAAAUCAUGGCCAUGUAGCUCUUCUCGGGGUGUUUUUUUUGGUUAGCAGAGAGCUAGCACUAACCACAGUGGUUGAUAUCUGUGAUGUUUUCAUGUUGAGUUUAUGGAAAGCACAGUUAAGGACAUGUGUGAAGACAUACUGAAAAUACGCUUGGCGCUGCCAUGGCAUAUCUAGUUUGAUAAGCAAUGUAAGAAAACACAAGUUUGUUUGAUCUAUCACAAUGCUAACAACCAUGGCUAGUGAGGCAGCUUGGGGUUUCUCAUUUAUGAACUGCAACUCUCAGCAGGGUUUGGGUUCUUAGACGAUAGAAACAUUUUUAAAUACGUGCUGAAGUCAGUGUUUACUUGUGUAUUUUGACUAAUUUGAUAAUGAUAGGGGAUAUUCAACAGUAAAGAUUCUAAAGGGCAAUUGUGAAAAACUGGCUUUCUAUUUUAGAAUGGAGUCAGAUUGAAUGCAAGUUUGCAAAAUCAGUGCAUGGAUAGUUAAUGGCUAAUCAGGGGUUAGCAUUAUCCAAUACAUUGUAACAGUUAUCAGCAGGCUUGGUUUCGGAUGUAUUUUUCCCAUUCUUUUUUCCAACAGGGAUUUAAAAUAAAGUCUUUAAUAGUUAUAAGCCAUCAACCAAAUCAAGCAACUACAAGGUGAACCACAGCAUUGCAAACAUUCAUUUGAAGCAAAAAAAGUAAAAAAAAUCUGACAAAGGUGCAAGACUGUACUUUGAGGGAACAAACUACACUCCCAUGAUGCAUUGCAAAUUACAUGGUUGAAUUCAUAAUAAAGUAGAAAUAUAAAAAUAUUGAUUUAAAGACGUUGAUAUAGAAACAAUAUAUUUGACAUUCACAGCAAAAUAUGCAUAUCAUACAAAUAUUCAAGUCAUUUAGGAGCGUAGGAAGACUGACUAUUAUGUUUUUCAAUUAUGUGCAGUGAUUCAUGGGAAUGUGCAGGUGGUAAAAUAUUUUUUUUGGCACUAUUUGCUUAUCACGAUUCUCUGAUUAUUGGAAGCGUCUAUGUAAAGAGUAUAGGUAAAAAAUUCAGCUGUUGAACAUGAUUAAAAGAAAAUCUUAAUAAUGCAGGCUGAGCGCUUCAAAAGAUAACAACCUUGUAGCUCACAGAAGGUCUUUCUGAGAUAGUUUAUAUAAAUUAUCAUUAAAAACAGAAUAGGAAUGGGAUUUUUACUUCCACUCUAUAGACUGUGUGGUCGGUCUUUGUAAAAGGAAAUUUGAGGAAAAGCAAGUUUGUACAUUUUAUUUACAUUUAAGUCAAAGACAUUUUUCUUUGAAAUGAUGAAUUGUUCACAAUAUGACCAAGAACAUAUAUUUCAAUCAAUUUUACAUAUUCACUUAAAAGCAGAAGAAAUUCUGCUAUAAGCUGUAUUUUCCAAGGAAAUCAUUAUCAGCCCCUCUCAAAUAACCAUGU